AUGGACUACGAACACCAGAAUCGAGCGCCAUCACCAGGCUCUCCAGCCGCCUACCUUCAUCUCGUAGACGGCCGAAGCAGCCAUCAAUCUCAGAUACUGCUUCCACUCUGGCACAAAGAGAUCUUCAAAAUUGGGCGAGACCCUAAUUUCAACACGUUGGCGAUUGACGAUGAUGCUGACUUGAUGGUCUCUCGAAACCACUGUGAAGUCUAUGUCAUUGAGUACGAACCAACCGUCAACCACAUUUACGUUCGCGAUAGAAAGUCAUCCAAUGGCACAUUCGUCAACGAUCAGCUCAUUGGCCGUGGUCCAGAGAUUACCGCUGGAUAUCUGCUGCAGGAUGGCGAUAAGUUCACAGUCGUUCAAGAACAUGCCCCUCCCCGCCAUGAACUGACCAGCCUGCAACUUGAGGAGUGCGAGUUGUUUGCGCACAUGUACCAAGUCACCGAACGCCGUCUCGGCCAAGGGGCAGAAGCUGCCGUCUGCUUGGCCAACGAAGUCUCGACUGGGAAGCAAUUGGUCUGCAAAAUCGUCAAUCUCGAUAAGAUUCAAGGAAAGAAUGCUCAAGAAGACAUUCGACGCAAGUUCCAAGAGGCCGAUAUCUUGCGACAGCUGCGACAUCCCAACAUUCUGCCAUAUGUCGAUGCCAUCACUUCUCCGCAUACACUCUAUACCUUCACGGAACUUGCCUCCGGGGGCGAUCUCAUGUCCUUCUUGUUCCGCCAUGGGACAGCUAAAGAGUUUGACGCACGAAUCAUUAUUCGCCAGGUGGUUCGUGGACUUUGCUACCUUCAUGAGAAAGGAAUUGUCCAUCGCGACCUCAAACCGGAGAAUAUUCUCUUGGCAUAUUCUCCCAAGAUUGCAUACCAUCGGGUUAUGCUCUCCGAUUUUGGUAUUUCGGCUAUCCAUCACUGCAACAGGAUGACUACCAAUGCUGGAACGACAGCAUACCAGGCACCGGAGUUCACGCGAAGCGGGCAAUCUCACACGUCGGCGGUUGAUAUCUGGUCAUUGGGAGUCGUGACUACCAUCCUCCUUACAGCCGAACGCCAUGACGCAGACCUUAAUCGAAUGGAUGACGACGAUAUUGAGCAAUACAUCCGAGUUCUCUUUCACAGCUUGCCGCGCCGGCCGUCGUUGGAUGCAUACGACUUUGUCUGGAUGUGUCUCCAGAGAGACCCCUCGCAGAGAAUGACAGCCAAUGACGCGCAAGAGCACGAAUGGAUGUGUACUCCAGCGAAACACCUCAAGUUCUUUCGACUGCUUGACAAGAGAAUCAUGUCCUACUGGAAACCCCAGGACAAGCUGAAGCCAAUGCCUUGGGAGUUGCCAUGCCUGGUCAAGUCUGGCCCACCGACGCCGACAAGGGAGCCUGGGUCUUCCAGCCUGUAUUUUUCGGGGACGCCAGUGCGAAGCAAGAGACAAGCCGACGGUUCGACCAUAGUCGAUGAAGAAGGUCUCCUUCAACAAGGCGCUGACGGCGCGAAUGAUGAAGUCUCGUCGCUUUUUGCAGUGCCAACUGCGUCAUCACGUUCAACGGGUACCAGCCCCAACGGGAUGAGAAAGAAAGAUACCAAGUCGGAGCAUCCGCAGCCUCCCUGGCAUGGGUUCCUCAAGCCGGAACAUCCCAGACAUUCCGAGACUGGAGCAAAACGAAAGAGAAUUCCCAGGAUCAAGGCCCAUGGCACAGAACUGCAUCCGCUGCCUGGAUUAGCCAGACGCCUACCGCGGUCUGUCAACCAUUUUCAUCGCGAGAACGUCCUCCUGGAGCUUCAGAGAUCGAACUCCAAGUUUCUUGUCGAUGAAUCUUGCUCUAUUCCAAGCACCCCUCUUGAGAUGGUUGCACCACCAGCUCCAGUGAGCCCCAAGAAGCGAAAGAGCACAUAUGACGCAAUGGACAGAUCGGCCGGAAGAGAACAGCUGGCUGUACCAAAGAUUCAAUUCUGCUGA